ACGCAGCGCGGGAGCAUCCGGCGGUGCAGUGAGGAGGAGGAGGGAGGAGAGGAAGGAGAGGGACAGGAAGAAGAGGAAGCAUAUCGAUGGUAAGCAUGAAGAAUAUUCCCGGACUCUGAGCUGAUCGACGGGGAAAACAUCUUCCCUCGCUCGUUAAGAGGCCGACAGGAAGCGGAGGGAGACAACGGCGCGGACAGGAUGGAGGAGGAGAAGCAGUUCCUUUGUGGGGUGGUGGAAGGUUUCUAUGGUCGACCCUGGUCUAUGGAUCAGAGGAAAGUUCUCUUCCAGUGGAUGCAGCUGUGGGGGUUGAACACCUACCUGUACGGCCCCAAAGAUGAUCUGAAGCACAGACUGCUGUGGAGGGAAGUCUAUUCUCCCGAAGAGGAAGCUCAGUUGCGUACUCUUAUAGCGGAAGCUCAGUCCCGGGGUCUGAGGUUUGUUUACUCUCUCUCCCCUGGUCAGGAUAUCGUCUUCUCUUCUUCCUGUGACUUGGCGCUGCUCAAACGGAAGUUGAAACAGGUAUCAGACCUGGGGUGCCAGGCGUUUGCCAUCCUCUUUGACGACAUCGAUCACUCCAUGUGCCAGGCCGACAGCGAGGCCUUCACUUCAUUUGCCCACGCUCAGGUCACAGUAACGAAUGAGAUUUAUCGCUUCUUGGGGGAGCCACCUGUCUUCCUUUUCUGCCCUACAGAGUAUUGCGGUUCUCUGUGCUCCCCAAGUGUGUCAAAAUCUCCCUACCUGCAAACAGUUGGCGAGGACCUACUACAUAACAUAACAGUGAUAUGGACAGGCAGCAAAGUUAUUUCCAGGAAACUGUCCUUAGACUCCCUUGCCGAGUUGGAGUCUGUCCUCCAGCGGCCCCCGCUGAUCUGGGACAACCUGCACGCCAACGACUAUGAUACCCGACGUCUCUUCCUGGGGCCUUUCAAGGGUCGUGACCCUCAGCUAAGAAACCAGCUGAGGGGUCUGCUGCUCAAUCCUAACUGCGAAUUCGAAGCCAAUUACAUCCCACUGCAUACUCUGGGAAGCUGGCACAGAGCUGAAAAAGACUAUGUAAAAGAUGACGAGUGUGAAUACUGUCCAGAGAGAGCUUUAACUGCUGCACUUCAUGACUGGAUGGAAGAACUUAAUCAGCCUCUGCAAGCAGGUCGGCAGAGCACAAGAGCAGAACAUCGGGCCUCUGUCUCAUCGUCGCGUACCAAAACUUCUGACAGGUCCGACUGUCCCGCCACCUUCAGAGCCACACAUCCUGUGGCCAAACUCCCAGUCUUCCCACUCAAUUCCAGCUCUCCACCCUCAUCCCCUCCUAUGGGCAAAGCGGAGAGAGAGGGGCGAGAAGGGGAAAAAAAGAGGUCACACCAAUCCAGUCAGCAACUUCCAGGAUCGAGGUCGGGAGCGCCUGCGGGUGGGGGCCGGGCACAGCAGGCGCCGGGUCGCGGGCUCUGUGGCGGGAAGGGCUUACUGAGCGAGGCCCAGGUGCGGCUGCUCGUUGGUCUCCACUAUCUCCCCCAUGAACACGGCCCUUCGGCGCAGAAGCUGCUGCAGGACCUAACCUGGCUAAAAUCAAACUGCCACCUGGUCGGUGCAAACAGCAAGAAGACGCAGCCUCAGAAGGUUGAUGAGUGGCGUGGGCGGGCCUCCAGAUUCCUGUCUCUGUGCGAAGACAUAGCUCAGCUCCACUGCAGCGUAGUGGGCGGGGCUAACAGGGCUGUGCUCUAUGACCUUUACCCUUAUGUGUGGGACCUGAGGAACACAGCUCUGGUGGCAAAAGCCUUCAUAUGCUGGCUGGAUGGGCGAGUGCUGAAUGACGGCUCAAACCUCGCCUCCUGGAGGAACUGUUUUCACUGGUGUGGGAAAUCCACAGGAGCAGAGCUGCUGGGUGUGGACUCAGAGCCUUGGGUGUUCAAAGGGGGGGUGUCUGGGGAGGUGCAGAUGCUCCUCCCGGUAGGCAGCAGCAGUGAACUUUUCACUCAUCCCCCUCCUCUCUUUCCUACCUCUCGUCUCUACAACAUCAGGCCCUAUCACAGCAAAGACAAGGUGGAGCUGUACCGAAUGGUCCGCCAGCUUCACCUGAGGACUCAGGGCGGCCAGGAGUCCACCAUGGCUCAUCCAGAUGUCAUCGGAGACAGAUGUCUUGGCCCAUGUCUGGCGCUGAGCCCUGAGUACAGCUUCAUCCUGGAAGAUGAGCUCGGCAUCUGUGGCUGCGUGCUGGGCAUCCUAGACGUCCGCUCCUUCGCGAAGCGAUGCCAGGCCAGCUGGAUUCCUGCCAUGAGAGAUAAAUACCCACCCAAAGGGAGCAGCACACACUCAAACACACAGGACUUGGUAAAACUGAUGGAGGAGGACCAGGGUGAGUACCCGGACUCGCUCCUCUACCACUUCCCCUCUCAGCUGCGACUGGACGCGCUGCCCGAGCUGGUGGACGUCAGCGUCGGCCGAACCCUGCUCACCGCCCUUCUCACUGCGCUCAAGGCCAACGGUUCUCAGGGUGUCUUCUGUGAGGUGCAGCCCACCGAUCAUCAGAGGCUGGAGUUCUUAACCAAACUGGGCUUCCUGGAGAUCCUCAGAGGAGAAGCCAGGAGCAGAGAGGGUGUGGUGCUCGGACGGCUGCUCUGAAAACAAACACGACAGACACACACACUAGCCAUCACCUGGUCACACAUUUCAACUCCUUUGAGAAACAUCAACAUUAAUUAGUUCAUCAAUUUAUCAAAGUGCAUGGUUAGGUAUAACAAAGGUUAUUUUUUCAUCAGGAGUUUUAGUGACUCCUGAUGCUUGUUUUUAACAAAAUGUUGCCAUAAAUGUCACCGUGUUCCAUCAGCUUGAAGGGUCGCCCUCCUAAACAUAAACAUUUUGAAUGAUAAUGUAAAGAGAAGGCUUCUUACAAUUCUGUUAUUGUGCUUGUUCAAAAACAUUGUUUUCUUACUUUGACUAGGACGUGUUUCAUGUAAGCAGCCCCAUUCAGGCAUAUUUUGCAAACUGUCAACAUUUUAUUUUAAGUUGUUUGGUUUAAAAUCUGCCAACAUAAAUAAGAUGUUCCACCAGAAAACUGAAAGAAAACCAAAGCAAGAAAAAUUGUGGACUUUAUUUAAUUCAGAAAGGGUUAGAAUCUGUCAGAUUAGAGAGAAAAAUGCCACAUAGGCAGCCUUACUUCAGCCUAAUUAGAUCUUUAGGUAACAUAGACUUGUUUAUUCUUUGAAAUGCAGCACCAAACCAAUAACAUUCUUAAAAGGUUGAGGUGCAGAUAUGUUGUAGCAUUUCUCCACUCUGUGCAGUUUCAACCACUUUUUAUGCCUGGAUGAGCAUAACUGCUUUCCUCAGUUUUAUUGAAAAGAAAGUGAGCACAACAUUUUCCAAAGAAAGAGAAACCUGCUUGUUUAAAACCUGCUUAGCACCAACCUGCAGAAACACAGUGCCGGUAAUAAAUCGACUUCCCAGAGCAAUUUUUUUUCUUUUCUUUUGCUUAUUGCUUUUGAUCUGACUUGGAUAAGCCUGAGUCUCAUAUUUCUUUGAAGAAGUAGUUUCGGACAUUCAAAAGUAAUUUCAGCCACCUAAUUUACCUAAACUUCACAUUAACUGAUCCCACAGACUGAAGCUACAAGGCUACUGCAUACGAGUAAAGCAGACUUCCACCAUCUUAGAAUAACCCCCAAAAAUGCCAAGGACUAUUUAAUUAACUUUUAACAGUCUAUGUGUUUGCACUGGGCAAUUAUUUAAAACCAACCCAAUAGUUAUUUACACAGGAAAUAGAUGUCUGAGGUGGGCUGAACUAGGAAAUUCCAAGUUUCACUUUAUGAGUAAUAUGUUGUUUACUUUUGACAAGUUCUAACAAAAAGAAGCCUUGGUGUUUUAUUCUUGACUGCUAACAUCUUAGUAGUUUAGUGGGACAUUUGGUGUCAAUACAUUUAAUAAACUAUAUUUAAGCUGUUAAUUUGUAAAUGAAGACACUAUAGGUGAGCUUUAACACUUUGUACAGGUAAAGGUUAUUUGUUUUUCCUGGUUUAUGUUCAUGCUCAGCAAAUUGUAGCAGCAGCCACACAGUUCAUGUUAAACAAUUCCUAAAGGCAGGAUUAAAACAGAUUUUUUCCGUUUGA